AUGGUCGUGGCCGAUAAGAACUGUUCUAAAAUUCACUACAUCUCUCCCAACGUAUAUUGUUGUGGAGCCGGAACCGCAGCAGACACUGAGAUGACCACACAGAUCAUCUCCUCUAAUCUGGAGCUCCAUUCUCUGUCCACCGGCCGUCCCCCACGAGUCGCCACAGCCAACCGCAUGCUCAAACAGAUGCUCUUCAGGUAUCAAGGAUAUAUUGGUGCUGCGUUAGUUCUCGGAGGAGUUGACUGCAACGGCCCACACUUGUACAGCAUCUAUCCUCACGGAUCAACAGACAAACUGCCCUACGUCACUAUGGGUUCUGGAUCUCUGGCUGCAAUGGCUGUCUUUGAGGAUCGCUACAGGCCCAACAUGGAGGAGGAAGAGGCCAAGCGUCUGGUGCGGGAUGCGAUAGCGGCGGGUAUCUUUAAUGACCUGGGCUCAGGCAGCAAUAUCGACCUGUGUGUGAUCACCAAGGGGAAGGUGGACUACCUGAGACCUCAUGAUAUGGCCAACAAGAAGGGUGUCCGAACUGGAAACUACAGGUACAAGCAUGGAACUACCGGUGUUCUGACGAAAACUGUGACUCCUCUGAACCUGGAGGUGGUGGAGGAAAGUGUGCAGACCAUGGACACCUCCUGAGAUGACUGAGAUCUGUUUGUUUCCCCCAUAACCAUUCUCCCCAAGUCUUCUGUGGUGGUUUAGUAAUUUUUCAUUAUUUCCAAUAAAAGAAUUUGUGAGUUGAA